UCUAUAUAUACCCUCUGUAAUGUACCUAGGUAUGGUGCUGGAACCACUGGCCCACCGCCACGCCGUUCUACUGCUAGCGAAGUUGCAGGUCCCGGUCCCGCCCUCGUGAUCCCUUUACUUCCAUCUCAAAUAACGACCAAAAUACAUAGCACUUAACCACUUACCACAUUACUACCACCUACUACUUCUACCAAAGAAACGUACUUCUUUUCUUCUUUUUCUCCCAGCGAACCCGAACCACUCAAUAUCUCCGAAAUCCUACGAAUCACAAUAAUUAGCGAAACCUCAUCACAUUUCCUACUUAAUCAAAAUGGUUUUCCUCAAUUUGCUGACAUUUGGCCUCUGGGGAAAGCUUGGACGACUUACUCACUACGCCGUCGAUGCGGUUCUUAUCUCGACUAUCCUCGCCGGUAUGAGACGAUCUACGGGUCUUACCUUCAAUACCGAACGUAUAUCUGUCGGCGAGAAUAAGGACGCCAACAAAUGGAUAGAAAAAUACCUUGGAGUCGGUGAAUGGGUAAUGGACCAAUCUGUCGCGAUAGCUGGAUCUAGCGGUUGGUUCCAUCGAACUCGAUAAGUUAUGGGUUAUUGGGUGAACGGAUCGAGUUGAACACGUUCGAAUAUUCGACCGAGUAUACGUUUCAUGGCAAACUUCGUAUUCACUCGCCUCGUCGUUUGAGUAUAAUCGCCGCCAUCGCUAUCGCCGAAAUAUCUCCCGAAGCAAGCUACCUCCUUUCGCCGUUUUGUCCUCGAGUUAGUGCCGUUUUACCUCCCUGCUGCUCUUGAUGACGUCUUACAACAUACCGAACUCCGGGAUUCGCCGUCGAAUACACCAUCGAGUAUAUCGUUAAGAAGAAAGCAAAGGUGCUCGUCCGUUCACCCACGUUGGACUGGAAUUUUCGCAUUUUUCUUCCCCUCACGAACAGGCGUUGUUGCUGGGUCAUAUAUCCAUUUGAUGAUGAAUUUCUACUUGCCACUAUGAUAGACGAAGGAAUGAAAAGGCCUCCCCCUUCUUUUUUUUGGUUGACUACUUGUAUGUAGGGUUGGCAUUACUUGUCACCAUAUUACAUGUAGGAAUGACAAAUACCUACAAUUCCGAUAUGAUAAAUAUUAUGAUUUUGAUAUA